CGUGCGCGCAACUUUCGCCGCUAUCACAUCCCCUGUUUUCUUUUGCCAUUUCUUCUUUGUUUCGAUUUGCUAAAUAAAAGCGGCUUUCCGUCCGCCCCGGGUGACAAAUCGGACAUUAUCCUUUUUUUUGUUGUUGUUGGGACAUGGCGCUGGACAGGAGACUGGACCUGCUGCUCGGACUGGUCUUGUUCGUUCAGUGUGUGCACGACGCUGGAGCCCAGCUCGCAGACUGGACCGGCGUCCCUUACUCGCACGGCGGACAAGGGGGACAGGCCCUGGACAUGCUGGUGGAUAUGAAGACGUACGCUCAGCGGUGGAGGAGAUGGCUUCCAAACAGUGCACGCAGCAUGGACACCAACAGGGCCAGCCAGGAAGAAGAGGAGGAUGAGGAAGAGGACGGCUUUCCAGGUUUGAUGUCAACAGAAGACGCUGACAACAGCUCGCAAGUUGAAGAGGACACAGACCAUAACUACUACACGUCCAAAACAUACGGGCCGACAGACCCGGUUGGCAACGGCUUGUGGGUGAACAUCGAGCAGAUGGACAAAGAGAAAGUAAAGAUUCACAGCAUUCUGUCCAACACGCACAGGCAAGCAGCGAGAGUCAAUCUGUCCUUCGAUUUCCCUUUUUAUGGACAUCUCCUGCGUGAAAUCACCGUGGCAACUGGCGGAUUCAUCUACACGGGCGACGUGGUGCACCGCAUGCUAACUGCCACACAAUACAUCGCUCCACUCAUGGCCAACUUUGACCCCAGUGUGUCCAGGAACUCCACCGUCAUCUACUUUGACAACGGUACGUCUCUGGUGGUGCAGUGGGACCACGUGCACCUGCAGGACAACUACAACCUGGGCAGCUUCACCUUUCAGGCCACGCUACACGACAGCGGACGCAUCGUCUUCGCGUACAAAGAGGCCAGCACACAUUCUUCUCAUCCACUGCUCCGCCAUCAUCUACUUAGACUGAAGCUGAAUGACCGUGGUUCAUUUCAGAUUCCAAUCGAGUUGGCACAGAUCAGCUCCGUCAACCACCCGGUGAAGGUGGGCCUCUCUGAUGCCUUCGUGGUACUCCACAAAAUCCAGCAGAUCCCCAACGUGAGGCGUAGGACCAUCUACGAGUACCACCGCGUGGAGCUGACCAAGACCAGGAUCACCAACGCCACAGCGGUGGAAAUGACCCCCCUGCCCACGUGUCUCCAGUUCAACACGUGUGACGCCUGCAUCUCCUCACAGAUUCACUUUAACUGUAGCUGGUGCCAUCGACUCAACAGAUGUUCAAGUGGUUUUGACCGCCAUCGGCAGGACUGGGUGGACCACAGCUGUCCAGAUGAGACGAAGGACAAAAUGUGUGACAUAAUAGACACCACGUACCUGUACCCUGUCACCACCUCCAUUGCUGCCAAGACCACACCCAAGAGCAAAGAAGCCACGCCUUCCAGCUCACAGCCUCCCACCAGUGCCCCCACUGAAGACGAUACAAAGAUCGCUCUGCACCUUCGAGAAAAUCAAGUGAUGCCAGUGAGCGGCGCGGCCGACAGGAAGCCGGGCACGCAUCCUUUGCACACAGGUUUGAUCCUGGGUGUCCUCCUGGUGAUGCUGAUCCUGGUGGUGGGCGUGCUGGUCAGCGUCUACAUCUACCACCACCCCACCUCCGCCGCCAGCCUCUUCCUCAUGGAGAGACGGCCCAGCAGGUGGCCGGCCAUGAAAUUCCGUCGGGGUUCGGGCCGGCCGGCAUACGCGGAGGUGGAGCCUGCGGGUCAGGAGAAGGAGGGCUUCAUUGUUUGCGAGCAGUGCUGAGGGGGGUCACACUCCUGAUGUCCCUCCCCCUUCUUCUUUCUCACACCAGCCCUCCUCAUCCUGCUGAGGAUGUGGACCUGGACCCGGACGUGGUCCUGGACCCGGGCCGUGGAUCCGGACGGAUGCAGCGGCCAGAAACUCUGGAGAAGUGACUGCUUAUAGCCAGGAAGUGAGGGGGGCGCUGUUGUGGUCAAUCGGCGUCACUCUCUGUCCUUUCUCUUCUUACUGCCCCCUACUGCUUAUAAUGAGCGCUGCAGGCUGGGCGGACUUCCUAUGGUGGCCAGGAAGUGCAAAACAAUAUUACCAACACUUUUACGUUGCAUAAAAAUAGUUCAACACAUCAACAAAAGGCGAAAAUAAUGACAAUUACACAAAAAGGGAACGCUCCAAAAUGUAUUUCCUUCGCCCAAAUCACAAUCAUUACAAACGUAUGUUUGUUUCUUGUGUAAACGAACAACAAUAUGUCAACCAUUUAUUUCUCAAACAGCACAAUUGUUGUGCUUUCGCGUAGCUCAGAACUACUUCCUGUUCCUGUCUACAGCGCUAAGCCUUCUGGGUAAUGUAGUAUAUAAACAUUCCUUCCGUGUUCACAUGUAUUUAUAUAUUUAUUUAAUCUUUAUUUAUCCGGGGUAAGACGGGAACAGAUUUCCAUUUGCAAUGAUGACCUAGCAAAGAGGCAGCAUUUUCAUGUUAGAGAUGUUGAAGUGUGAUGAUAAUCUCUCAAUGUCUCUCGUUUACCAACCAAAAUUAGCGCUAUAGAUCACAGUUCACAAAUGCUCUUAGUGUGCGUGUUGGUAAAUAAAUGAAUGUUUAAGAUGUUCAAACGCUUUUCAAGUGUAAAACAUACACGGAAAAUGUCUGCAACUUGUGGACGACAGAGCGGACAAUAAGGAAGCCUUAGAUGGGGUUUCUUUUCAGAAUUGUUGUGUGAUUGCUGAAUACAUUUAGUAAUACAAUCAGUGUUCCUAAUAACGGCGUUACAUAAUAAUGGCAUUGGUAACGCCGUUACUUUUACUAGUAACGAGUAAUCUAAUUACUUUUAGGUCCGUUACAACGACGUUAGCGAUAGCUUGAUGUAACGUGGCAUGAACAAGAUAUCAAACAGGAAGAGGCACCAUCACAGCAGACAACAUACGCACACAAUGGGAAUAUUGAACAACAAAACAGUGAUUGAAGGGAUAAACCUGCCAUCCAAACAAUACCCCGUUUGUUGAUGAGAAGAUAUGACAGCCAUCGAAGCACAUUCAAUCUCUUUAUUAAGCAGAUGUAGCACAAUCCGGUGAAAAGAUUCAAAAGAGUUGGCGUUAAAAGGCCCCCAAAGUGCGCUGCUAAAUGCUAAAGCUAAAAAAAAACCUCGAUGACAUCGCAUUUAGCUAAGCAACAGGCCCCGCCUUUUAAAAAGCACAAACUCCGCCCACUGAACCCUUAUAAUAUACAUCUCUCAAAUGCAAAUCCAAGAUAUUUAAAGUUGUAGUUUUUUUAAGUAACAUAUAAAUUACUUUCUCUGGUAAUUACAUUUAUUAAGGAGUAAUUCCGUUAGUAAUUCAAUUACUUUUUUGGUAAAGUACCGAGUAACUAUAAUUAAUUGCCUUUUAAAAGUAAUUUUCAGAACAUUGAUUACUUGUAUUAUUCCACUCUCUUUUUCAUCCGCUUUCUUCUCACUAAUUUAAAAAAAAUCUGAUUUCUAUUCCAUUUUCUACCGCUUGUCCCUCUGGGGUCGGGGUGGGGGGAGGGGGGGUGCUGGAGCCUAUCUCAGCUGCAUUCGGGCGGAAGGUGGUGUACACCCUGGACAAGUCACCACAAUUCACUUUUCAAAAUGUUUGGCUACCAUAUUUUUAUUUUCUAAAAAAAAUUCCACAUUUGCCGCGUUCAAAAUGUGUUUUUCAAACUGCCCACAUUUGUCAACCGCUUCAAACCAUUCCAAUGCUAUCUGUUGAUGUUAGUUCAUUGCUAGCGUGCUAACAUGUUAGCUUUUUUGGCUAAUUUUGCUGGUAUACACUUCAGGGUCAUAUUUUGGCGUACAAGCAUGCUAAAAUGUAUAACUUUAGCAUGUUAACAUUAUCAAGUAAAAAAAGUUAAAGUACCAAUGAUUGUCUCACACACACACUAGGUGUGGUGAAAUUAUUCUCUGCAUUUGACCCCUUGAUCACCCCUUGGGAGGUGAGGGGAGCAAUGAGCAGCAGCGGUGGCCGCGCCCGGGAAUAAUUUUUGGUGAUUUAACCCCCAAUUCCAACCCUUGAUGCUGAGUGCCAAGCAGGGAGGUAAUGGGUCUCAUUUUUAUAGUCUUUGGUAUGACUCGGCCGGGGUUUGAACUCACAACCUACCGAUCUCAGGGCGGACACUCUAAAUCAGGCCUGGGCAAUUAUUUUGACUCGGGGGGGCCACAUUUAGAGAAAAAAAAUGUGUCUGGGGGCCGGUAUAUCUAUUUUUAGGGACACUAAUACAAAACUUCACAAUGUCUGAUUGAAUGCUAAAAACAUUAUGACAGACCGCCUUAAAAAACGUAAUGGAAUUUUACAUUUUUCUGUGAACGAUAAAACACUGAAUAUUGACAAAAUAUGAACGUCACACCCCCUUUCGAUCGACAUAUUUUACAAUCAAGUGAAACGCAACAAAAAUGCAACAAAACAGUGAAAUAUGAACGCGAACCCACCUACAAUCUGAUAUAUCUGAUAUAUCACUAAGCUUUAGAACUUUGUUGUGAAAAGCUUCUUCCGCGUCUGUGGAAACGCUUCCCGCCCACACUGCUUGGUGCCUCGUCUGAGCUGCUGUGACGUAGAUUACCAUAGUAACUAAUUAGAUGACCAUAGUAACUAAUUAGAUUACCAUAGUAACUCGUAGUGAUGGGUCCGGCAAUACCGGCGCAUGCGUCAAGCUUAUAGAGCAAAACCCUGUGUCGGUGCGCGUACCGCUUUUAGAAAGUCUCGUGACCGAUCAUGAGCUGUUUCGGUCACGUGACUGAUACGCGAACUGUGUCGCACUGACGCCUCCUGAGCGGGUCUUUUCUACAGCCGGAGAAAUAAUAACUAAGAAGAGAAAUCGUCUAAAAUUUAAUACGUUGGAAAAACUGAUUUUUUUUAAUAAAAAUGGGUAAAAAAAAAAAAAAAAUCCCAGUCCACAAGCAUCCUCAUUCAUAACACGUUCUCUUAGAUUUCCAUGUUAUGAUACAUGUUCACAUUAUUCAUUGACUGUAUCUAAAAAAGAUAAAACAUGUAUUUUUAUUUAAAUGAAGAUAUGAAAUAAUCCUAAAUGAAAUACAAUGACUUGGUUUAUAUUAUUGUAUAUACUAGGUCAUAAAAUCAGUGUCAGUUGAGUCGGUCCAUAGGUUGCCUGUAGGGAUUUUUAAUGUCCAGCAGAUGUCAGUAUUCAGUGACACAGUAUCAAUACAGUUUUGCAAUGUGUCAAAACGCUUCAUGACGCCCCAUCACUAGUAACUAGUAUAUCAUCCAUAAGCGAUUCCAACCAUUGAAAUACUUUGUAUAGUUGAAGACUUACGGUCAUUAGAAAACAUCACUGCACAUCAUAAUGGCAGCUACACUUGAAUCUAAAAAAAAUAUUUGGGAAUGUCCGGCGGGCCAGAUUGAAAAGCUUAAAGGGGAACAUUAUCACAAUUUCAGAAUUGUUAAAAACAUUAAAAAAUCAGUUCCCAGUGGCUUAUUAUAUUUUCAAAGUUUUUUUCAAAAUUUUACCCAUCACACAAUAUCCCUAAAAAAAGCUUCAAAGUGCCUGAUUUUAACCACCGUUUUAUACACCCGUCCAUUUUCCUGUGACGUCACACAGUGAUGCCAACACAAACAAACGGCGGAUAGAACAGCAAGCUAUAGCGACAUUAGCUCGGAUUCAGACUCGGAUUUCAGCGGCGUAAGUGAUUCAACAGAUUACGCAUGUAUUGAAACGGAUGGUUGUAGUGUGGAGGCAGGUAGCGAAAACGAAAUUGAAGAAGAAACUGAAGCUAUUGAGCCAUAUCGGUUUGAACCGUAUGCAAGCGAAAACGACACGACAGCCAGCGACACGGGAGAAAGCGAGGACGAAUUCGGCGAUCGCCUUCUAACCAACGAUUGGUAUGUGUUUGUUUGGCAUUAAAGGAAACUAACAACUAUGAACUAGGUUUACAGCAUAUGAAAUACAUUUGGCAACAACAUGCACUUUGAGAGUGCAGACAGCCCAAUUUUCAUCAAUUAAUAUAUUCUGUAGACAUACCCUCAUGUCAGCAGGCCAGGGAAGCUAGGGUCGAUAUUCUUCUCUUGAUCAUCUUCGGGACGGUGUGAGCCAAGACAUCCAGGGGGUUUAGCUCGCUCGUCUGCGGGAACCAACUGCCGCCAUCGCUUGCCGUGCUACCGAGGUCCUUUGUCCCUGAAUUGCUCACACACUCCGGCAGAUUCAAUGGGGGUCUGGCGGCAGAUUUCUUUGACUUUAUCGUUGGAAAUGCAUCUGCUUUGAGUGUCGCAGGAUAUCCACACAUUCUUGCCAUCUUCGUCGUAGCAUAGCUUUCGUCGGUAAAGUGUGCGGAACAAACGUCCAAUUUCUUGCCACUUUCGCAUCUUUGGGCCACUGGUGCAACUUGAAUCCGUCCCUGUUCGUGUUGUUACACCCUCCGACAACACACCGACGAGGCAUGAUGUCUCCAAGGUACGGAAAACAGUCAAAAAACGGAAAAUAACAGAGCUGAUUUGACUCGGUGUUUGAGAAAAUGGCGGAUUGCUUCCCGAUGCGACGUCACAUUGUGACGUCAUCGCUCCGAGAGCGAAUAUUAGAAAGGCGUUUAAUUCGCCAAAAUUCACCCAUUUAGAGUUCGGAAAUCGGUUAAAAAAAUAUAUGGUCUUUUUUCUGCAACAUCAAGGUAUAUAUUGACGCUUACAUAGGUCUGGUGAUAAUGAUCCCCUUUAACGGGCCGCAUGUGGCUCACGGGCCUUAAUUUGCCCAGGUCUGCUCUAAAUGCUGUAUUUUUGUACGUGAUGCAUGUUAACCGAUUUUGCAAUUUUGCAGAUAAAGGCCCAGACUAGGGAUUAAACAAACGAGUCGACCCUAAGAGGCACAAUGACGAUUUAUUUUUGAUGUCGACUUGUCGCUGAUCGCGUGAUUUUGGCAGUAAACAGUAUUUUAUUUCCCACUGAUGUGGGACAAGUAUCCACUUGAGUGUGUGUGGCUGUGACACCAAUUUGUGCCUGCUGGUUGUCUCUGACACACAGCUGUGUGCAGUCAUGGAGAUGAGACGUUGACACGUGCAAGUGCAGAUGGUGCUAGUUGACACUGUGGAAAGCAUUAGCAGUCGUUCCUGAGUGGGCCGUGACGGACACACACACACGGUGGAGUUUAAGGUAAGAAGUAAUGUUCAUCCAUCCAUCCAUCUUCUUCCGCUUAUCCGAGGUCGGGUCGCGGGGGCAACAGCUUAAGCAGGGAAGCCCAGACUUCCCUCUCCCCAGCCACUUCGUCCAGCUCCUCCCGGGGGAUCCCGAGGCGUUCCCAGGCCAGCCUUGAGACAUAGUCUUCCCAGCGUGUCCUGGGUCUUCCUCGUGGCCUCCUACCGGUCGGACGUGCCCGAAACACCUUCCUAGGGAGGCGUUCGGGUGACAUCCUGACCAGAUGCCCGAACCACCUCAUCUGGCUCCUCUCGAUGUGGAGGAGCAGCGGCUUUACUUUGAGCUCCUCCCGGAUGGCAGAGCUUCUCACCCUAUCUCUAAGGGAGAGCCCCACCACUCGGCGGAGGAAACUCAUUUCGGCCGCUUGUACCCGUCAUCUUGUCCUUUCGGUCAUGACCCAAAGCUCAUGACCAUAGGUGAGGAUGGGAACGUAGAUCGACCGGUGAAUCGAGAGCUUUGCCUUCCGGCUCAGCUCCUUCUUCACCACAACGGAUCGAUACAGCGUCCGCAUUACUGAAGACGCCGCACCGAUCCGCCUGUCGAUCUCACGAUCCACUCCUCCCCCACUUGUGAACAAGACUCCGAGGUACUUGAACUCCUCCACUUGGGGCAAGAUCUCAAGAAGUAAUGUUAAUGUUCAUUUAAUAUUAAUGUUAAUGUAAAGCUGAUUUAAGGCUUGUUGUUGAUAUUCCUGCUGUUGUGUGUGAUUCCCGUGCAUAUAGGAAUGGGGCAGCACCGUGGAAGAGGGGUUAGUGCAUGUGCCUCACAAUGCGAAGGUCUUGAGUAGUCCUGAGUUCAAUCCCGGGCUCGGGAUCUUUCUGUGUGGAGUUUGCAUGUUCUCCCCGUGACUGCGUGGGUUCCCUCCGGGUACUCCGGCUUCCUCCCACCUCCAAAGACAUGCACCUGGGGAUAGGUUGAUUGGCAACACUAAAUUGGCCCUAGUGUGUGAAUGUUGGCCCUGUGAUGAGGUGGCGACUUGUCCAGGGUGUACACCGCCUUCUGCCCGCGUGCAGCUGAGAUAGGCUCCAGCACCCGCCGCGACCCCAAAAAGGGACAAGCGGGAGAAAAAUGGAUGGAUGGAAAUAUAUGAACGAUGUCAUCAGUGACGAGUCGACCUUAAAAAUUCGGAAGUCGCGCAACCCCCGGUAUACACCUCAGUCAUGCCGUAUAUUUUCUCAUAUAAGCAUGCUAAAAUAUAUAACUUCCGCAUGUAAACAUGCUAGCUUUAGCAUUUUAACAUUAGCAAGUAAGCAUGCUAGCGUUAACAUGCUGGCUUUUUUUGGCUAAUUUUGCUGGUAUACACUUCAGGGUCAUAUUUUGGCGUAGAAGCGUGCUAAAAUUUAGAAUUUUAGCAUGUUAACAUUAUCAAGUAAGCAUGCUAACAUUGACAUGCUAGCAUUUUUAGCAACUUUUCUGGCUAACACAUCAGAAUUAUAUAUUUUGUCAUAUAAGCAUGCUAAAAUAUAUAACUUCCGCAUGUAAACAUGCUAGCUUUAGCAUUUUAACAUUAGCAAGUAAGCAUGCUAGCGUUAACAUGCUAGCUUUUUUUUUGGCUAAUUUUGCUGGUAUACACUUCAGGGUCAUAUUUUGGCGUAGAAGCGUGCUAAAAUUUAGAAUUUUAGAAUGUUAACAUUCUCAAGUAAGCAUGCUAACAUUAACAUGCUAGAUUUAGCAUGUUAGCAUUAGCAAGUACGGUAAGCACUGUGCCAUGAACAUGUUAGCUUUGUGGCUAAGUUUGCUGGUAUUCACCUCGGUCAUAUUUUGGCGUAGAAGCAUGCUAAAAUAUAUAAUUUUAGAAUGUUAACCUUCUCAAGUAAGCAUGCUAACAUUAACAUGCUAGCUUUAGCAUGUGAGCAUGCUAAAAUACUAUAAUUUUAGCAUGUUAAAAUUAUCAAGUAAUCAUGCUAACAUUAACAUCCUAGCAUUUUUAGCAACUUUUCUGGCCAACACAUCAGAAUCAUAUAUUUGGCAUACAAGCAUGUUAAAAUAUAUAACUUUAGCAUGUAAAUAUGCUAGCUUUAGCAUGUAAGCAUGUUAACAUUAGCAAGUAAGCAUUAACGUGCUAGCUUUUUUGGCUAAUUUUGCUCGUAUACACUUCAGGGUCAUAUUUUGGCGUAGAAACGUACUAAAAUAUAUAAUUUAAGAAUGUUAACAUUCUCAAGUAAGCAUGCUAACAUUAACAUGCUAGCUUUAGCAUGUUCGCAUGUUAACAUUAGCAAGUAAGCAUGCUACCAUGAACAUGCUAAUUUUUGGCUAAUUUUGCUGGUAUUCGCCUCAGGGUCAUAUUUUGGCAUAGAAGUGUGCUAAAAUAUAUAAUUUUAGCAUGUUACAUCAAGUAGGCAUGCUAACAUUGACAUCCUAGCAUUUUUAGCAACUUUUCUGGCAUAUACAGAAUCCUAUAUCUUGGCAUAUAAGCAUGCUAAAAUAUAUAACUUUAGCAUGUAAAUAUGCUAGUUUUAGCAUGUAAGCAUGUUGACAUUAGCAAGUAAUCAUGCUAGCAUUAACUUGUUAGCUUUUUUGGCUAAUUCUGCUGGUAUACACCUCAGGUUCCUAUUUUGGCAUGGAAGCGUGCUAAAAUACCUAACUCUAGCAUGUGUUAACUUUAACAUGUAAGCAUGUUAACAUCAAGUAAGGAAGCUAACAUUGACAUGCUAGCUUUUUUUUAAGCACAUUUUCUGGCAUACACAUAAUCAAAUAUCUUGGCAUAUAAACAUGCUAAAAUAUAUAACUUUAGCAUGUGUUAAACUCAAUAAAUAAGCAUGUUAACAUCAAGUAAGCACGUUUUCAGGAUCAUUUAUCUUGGCAUAUAAACAUGCUAAAAUAUAUGACAUUAGAAUGUAAGCAUGCUAGCAUGCUAGCUUUUUUGGCAAAUUUUGUGGUAUACAUCUCAGUCAUAUAUUUUGGUAUUUGACUCAUGCUAACUGUUGGCAUGCUAAAGUCAGUUCGGCUUUUCAGCAUUCACAUGCAAUUUCAACCAAAUUGCUUUUUCUUGUUAGAAUUAGUACUAUUAUUUAUAACCAAUCAAAACAAUGCAGUAAUUGGACAUUACGCUCUGAGUGCCGUAUAUUUCGGAGUAUAAGUCGCACCUGCCGAAAAUGCAUAAUAAAGAAGGAAAAAAACAUAUAUAAGUCGCAUUUUGGGGGGAAAUUUAUUUGAUAAAAGCCAACACCAAGAAUAGACAUUUGAAAGGCAAUUUAAAAUAAAUAAAGAAUAGUGAACAACAGGCUGAAUAAGUGUACGUUAUAUGAGGCAUAAUAACCAACUGAGAAGGUGCCUGGUAUGUUAACGUAACAUAUUAUGGUAAGAGUCAUUCAAAUAACUAUAACAUAUAGAACAUGCUAUACGUUUACCAAACAAUCUGUCACUCCUAAUCGCUAAAUCCCAUGAAAUCUUAUACGUCUAGUCUCUUACGUGAAUGAGAUAAAUAAUAUUAUUUGAUAUUUUACGGUAAUUUGUUAAUAAUUUCACACAUAAGUCGCUCCUGAGUAUAAGUCGCACCAAACGACUUAUAGUCCGAAAAAUACGGUAUGUGCUUUUAUUGCUGACUAGGGCUACUUUUAAUUAUGUAUAAAAUGAAUAAAACAUCAAUACCGUAUUUGUUUCCCAAUUUUCGCUGAAAUCCUGUGCUUUUUGAAGUUAAGGUUAGCAAGAACACUUAAAGGAUUGAUAGCAAUUCAUAAAAUCCCAAGUUGAUUUAGCGUUAUUGACAAAAAAAAUAUGCUACACAAAUAGGAUGACCAUAUUCUGAAAUCCCAAAAAGAGGACACAUAUAUGGUGAAAAUUUGCCAAUGAUACUCGAACUUGCUUUAUAAAUAAUAUAUUUAUUUAAAUAAAGCAUUUUUUUCUCCUGUUAACAGCAGUGUUGGCGCUAGGAAUUUUCAAAACGGGGUCCCAGGGUACAUUUUUGGGGUCCCACUUUUUUGUAAGCGUUUUGAAAACAAAUGAUAAACAUAUGCAUUAUCCUGUUGUAUCUCACAUUCUAUAUUGUGUUUUGGAAAAAGGUUGUCAUAAACGUUACUUAAUUCUUUCAAAAAAAAAAAA